GAUGCUACUGAAAUUGACAUUUGACCAGCAUGCGGAGCUGUCAAGUAUUUUCAAUGAGCUAAGGUUAGAAACACGAAAAGUUCAAUUUUUCUUGUAAAAAUAAUCCGGAUUCAUUUAAUUUUAUAUCGACUUGAGCCAUCCAAUCAAAUCAAUAAAUAUGGAUCUACAAGCACCUUUAGGAAACUUGUCAUCGACCCAAAAGGAUCAGUUAAUGACCGAAGUUAAACAACAAAUUGCCGUCGCCAAUGCACAAGAGCUUGUAACAAAAAUCACAGAAAAAUGCUUUAAAAAGUGUGUAACAAAGCCAGGUACCAGUCUGGGCGGGUCCGAACAAAAAUGUAUUGCCAUGUGUAUGGAUCGAUUUAUGGACUCAUGGAAUUUGGUGUCAAGAACUUAUGUGCGAAGAAUACAACGUGAACAAGGCGGUGGUGGCUUUUAAAUUGACCGAAUGAAAUUUUGUAUCAAAAAAGUUUUUCAGUACUUGUUGAAAACUUGUAUUGUUCUGUAGAUGAAAAGCAGGAUAUGUUCUAGCAAAUAAAGACCACCGUGUAAUACGAAA